GGCAGUGGUGGUCACCCACUUUCAAGUUGGUCUUAAACUUUUAAAAUUCAUUUCCCUAAACGUGGCAAAUAGAAAAGAGAUUUGACCGAAACAUUAAAUCUUUAAUUUAAUCUCAAUGGUUGAAAAGUUCUUCUCCUCUACCUCUACCUCUCCGCACCACCAUCACCCUCUCUUCCUCCCACCUUCCUCCCCAACCGUACACCACUCCACUCCACCACCACCACUCUAAAAUCCCAACUAAAAAAUCUAAACCAAAAAACCCAAAAUUUUCAGAUGUGGUAAUAACACUCAAUAGACGUGUCACAGCACAAGUUAUUCUACAUUGAGUAUUUGAGUCAUCUGAAUGAAUGAUGUGAUUAGUUUGCGUCACUUUCUUUUGGGUCCUUCCUUACGUUUACAUCUCUUUUCUCCAUUGCUUUUAGAAUAAAAGCAGAGCUUGAAGUCAAUGGGUGUUGACCACGAGUUUUAGACGACUGAGAAUAUUCUUUGAAGGUUGGUUUCUAGUAUGGAAAUUCCUCCGAUAGCUUCGUCUCAAUGUUCCUAUCACCGACCGCUCUUACCGUCAACCCGCUCCAUAUGUCGUCGUCGUCGUGCAGGGUCCACCCCAGCCUCAAAUAACAGCACUUUGAAGCCAGGAGAUAGACUUGAUGUCACAGGCGAGCUAUGUUCUGAAAAGGGUAAAUAUUGCAUGAAUUUUGACCCUGAGUACCUCCGCAUAUUUGCUCAAGGACAAGAUGAUUGGGUUGUGUGGAUGGCUAACAGAGAUAAACCUGCUGACAUUGCUUCUGCAACUCUAUCACUGAACCACUCUGGUGUUCUAAAAAUAGAAUCAAAAAAUGUGACACUAAUUAUUCUCUACUCUCCACCUCAACCAGUGAACAACACAGUGGCCACUUUGUUAGCCACAGGAAACUUUGUGCUGGAGCAACUUCACCCCAAUGGAAACAAGAGCAUGCUGUGGCAGAGUUUUGAUUUUCCUACUGACAGUUUGCUUCCUGGGAUGAAGCUAGGUGUUAAUCACAAAACCCGUCGUAACUGGUCACUGGUUUCAAGCUUCAGUAAAUCACUCCCAGCUCCUGGUCCAUUCAGGCUUGAUUGGGAGCCAAAAACAAAAGAACUUGUUACCAGGAGAGGAAAACAAGUGUACUGGAGAAGUGGGGAACUCAGAAACAAAAGAUUUAAGCACAUUUCAGCAGAAGCAGAGUACCAUGCUAUGUUCAAUGAUGAUGAAGAGUACUUCAUGUUCACAACACCAAGUGAAGAGCUUACAAAGUGGACUCUGCUAGAGACUGGUCAGCUGAUUAACAGGAAGGGGAAUGAUAUUGCAAGGGCUGAUAAGUGUUAUGGUUAUAACACUGAUGAAGGGUGCCAAAAGUGGGAGGAGAGACCCACCUGCAGGGCUCGUGGUGAUGAAUUCGAUUACAAGUCUGGUUAUCCCAAUUUGAACACGGCAAGAAAUGUGGUAAAUGUGAGAUAUGGAAUUAGUGAUUGUCAGGCUAUGUGCUGGAGCAACUGCAGCUGUAUUGGAUUUGCAUCCUUUGAUAAUAUUAAUGGAACUGGUUGCACAUUCUAUCAAUCAGUGGAAGGUACUAAUAUUGCAGGCGGCGGUGAAGACUUCUACUUGCUAGUAAAGAGCACCCGUCACAAAGGUUCAAAAUGGUGGAUGUGGAUGUGCGGUGCAAUGGCAACUGUUCUGCUCAUAAUCUUCCAUUCCAUUUUGUGUCACACCAUGACGAAACAAAAAUAUGUGCGCCAAGAAAAAGCAAACAAAAUAAGGACAGAGAUGCAAGAUAUCGAAGCCUCUAGGGGCUCCACUAGUGACAAUGAUUUACAACUAAAUAUAAGUGGUGGAGAUGACUUGGAACUGUUUAGCUAUGCAUCAAUAAUGGUGGCUACCAAUGGCUUUUCAUUGGAUAACAAGUUAGGACAGGGAGGCUUUGGACCUGUUUUUAAGGGAAUUCUACCUUCAGGGCAAGAGGUUGCUGUGAAAAAACUUUCAAAAACUUCUGGACAAGGAGCUAUUGAAUUUAAAAACGAAUUAACACUCAUAUCUAAGCUUCAACAUACAAAUCUCGUACAGCUACUCGGUCACUGCAUUCAUCAACAAGAGCGGAUGUUGGUCUAUGAGUAUAUGUCAAACAAAAGCUUGGACUGUUUUUUAUUUGAUGCUUCUGGAAGAGAGUUGCUAGAUUGGAGCAAGCGUUUUAGCAUAAUAGAAGGAAUUGGCCAAGGAUUACUUUACCUUCACAAAUACUCAAGGCUUAAAAUUAUCCACAGAGAUUUGAAGGCUAGUAACAUACUCCUUGAUGAGAAUAUGAACCCAAAAAUUUCUGAUUUUGGUGUCGCGAGAAUGUUUACGAAACAAGAAACUGAAUCAAAUACCAACAGGAUUGUUGGGACAUACGGUUACAUGUCUCCAGAGUAUGCCAUGGAAGGAGUUUUCUCUACAAAGUCUGAUGUGUAUAGUUUUGGAGUUCUGCUCCUUGAAAUUGUUAGUGGUAGAAGAAACAAUAGCUUAUGCUCUGAAGAAAGACCACUUAAUUUAGUAGGACAUGCAUGGGAGCUAUGGAAAGCAGGUUUGGUUCUUCAGGUGGUUGAUCCAGCACUGAACAAUUCAUUUUCUGAGGAUGAGGUUCUAAGAUGUGUUCAUGUUGGUCUAUUAUGCGUAGAAGAUAACGCAGAUGACCGCCCCACCAUGUCCAGUGUUAUUUUAAUGUUAGCAAACAAAACUAAAGUGAACAUUUUGCCUAAAAAACCUGCAUAUUAUGUUAGAACAAGUCUCUUGGACGAAGAAACGUUUGGUGUGGAUUCUACGUAUGAAAAAUUUGGUUCUGAGUUACAUACAGUAUAGAUAGAUAGGCGUUCCAGUAUGUGAUUGACACUACUGUUUGAUGUUCAUAACAAUUGACUUUUUAUGUAGAAAUCAAGGAAUGACAUUUUAGAAACUUGCUUGAGAUACAAGGAGUCUAUUUUGUUGAAAUAAUAGAACUCUCUGUAGGCUAUAACCAACAACUAUUUAGUUUUGCUUCCAUUAUAAAAAAUGCAAUCGAUGAUCAGUUAGUACUAAUGUGGCUAUUCAAUUUGUCACUUCUUGAAUCACAAGGUUGGACGAAACGUAAAUAAGAGCUCGCUACUUGCGCAACUUUGACUAAAUGUUUUGUUGUUGAUCAACUUGAUAUGCCAUGGCUAGAUGCUCUUAAUUGAAGUUAACAUUGUGGAGUAUAUAGAAGGUCACCGAAUCAAGAAAAGUCAGGAAGACAGAGAGAAGAUUAAUCAAUUCAAUGCAAUGUUUAGAGAUAAGAAAUGUGAGACUGAGAGUGAGAUUUUGUUGCCUCCAGUCUGUUUUUUCAAAGAAGAAUGUGCAGUUGUGCACUAUGAAUCAGAAAUUUAGUAGGAACUAUAGAUGGAAGGAGUGUGUACAGAAAUUUAGUUCUCAGAAUCUGUUUGAGAAAUUAUUACUAUUUCCGAGAACUAGAAGAGCUUCAUAGUUUACUGCAACGCCUGUUCAUGCUCCUUCAGUUAUACUAGCAAUUUAAACUAUUAUGACGUUUGUUCUGUUAUUAAACUCUGAAUCUUGAUUCAUCUAAUUCCAGAUAUAUACUGAUUCUGCAGAAGCCAAAGUUCCAUCUGUUCUGGAUUGUGUGGAAACUUUCAUUGAGGUACUCCUCACAUUGACCUCUUUAAAGCAACUGAAGAUUAUACUUCCAACUUCUGCAAGCCUGCCACCUUAUUAACUGUAAAUGCAUUAAGAUUCAUUCGGAAUUUAAGUAAGAGUUGAGUUCCACAUUGAUUAGGAAUGAGCUAUAUAAAGAUAAUGUAGGAAAUGAAACUCACAAUCAAUAUCUUAAGGUUUUGAGUGAAGAGGUGGUGUCUGCAAUUGGUGCAGGUCCCCUUGUUUUCUAAUCUUCUAGUCUCUAACUGUCUCCCCAAAGUCUUGCAAGGUAAGGUAGCAUUAAGAAAUUGGCGAUCUCUGAAAAAUAUGUGAUAGAUUAUCUCAUCAAAGAAAAGAUUUGCCAUUGCUAAAGCUUUUUUUUAUAUAUAAUUUUUGAAGAGGUUGAUCUAUGCUCUGAUGACUCUUUAACUUUCUAGGUCUUAUUUUCAGGCAUCUUUAGUAAAUAACUAAAUAUAAGUUUGCAUGAAAAUUUGUAGGAAAAAAUCACCAUAACUACUUUAGAAAAUCAACUUUGUAAGGGGGCUUUUAACGACCACAAAU